CCUUUUUUUUCUCUCUCUCUCGAAUAAGUCAAAGAUGAAGAUAGCCACGUUGGAAACUUUUUCAUGAUUAAAUUUCAAACUUUUGUUUUAACCCUAAGGCGUGUUUUGGAUUUAUUAUUUGAAUGGAAAGUCAAGUCAUCUUUUCCUCCAUGAAUAAAUACAUUUCUCAUCUCAUCUUUUUCAUUGUUUCACUAUAAUCUUAAACCUUCCGAAAAAACUCUACCCAACAACGUUAAUUGACCAAAACCCAUCUUUGUUGUUCUUCAAAAUUUCCAUAUGUUGAACCAUUUUAUUUGUGGCAGUUUCCAUCACCAAGAAGAAGAUGUACCAUGUUCAAGCCCCAAGAAGUACUCCAGGAGAAAAGAAAGUAGGAAUAUUAACAAAAACCCAUACUCCAAUCGAGGCUUAGACAAGUUUUCUGCACUUUUGGCUGAUCUUGACGAGAGAAGGCAAAAGGUUUACUCACAGAUGAGUCCUCAGGACAUAUCUUUUGUUCGGUUUGCGUAUUCCAGCAAUGAUGAUUUCGUUCCCAUAGUGGUCAAAGUGAAAAAAAAUAAUAAGGAUCAGAAGAAGCACAAGAGUGAAGAACUCAAAGCAAGACACAUAACAUCUUUCUCGGAGCAAUUGGAGAAAUCUUCUGAAGAAACAACCUUGGAAGAAAGGAAGCAAAAACUCAAUAAGUUGGAAGCUCAUAAGAAGAAGAAUUUGAGCUUUUCUUGGAACGUGUUGAAGAGACCAUCUUUCUAUGUGCCAGCGGUUGUGAUGUUGAUUUUGGUUUUUUUGGUUGUUCUUGGGAGAUCGGUUGCUACACUUUGCACUUGUGUUGUGUGGUAUGUGGUCCCCACAUUGAGUGAAUAUUAUGAUAGUUCAAAACCAAGAAACAAAUCGAUGAUGAUGAAUUCUAAGAAGAGAGAUUAUGUUAGGGGGUGGCUGAAUGAUGUGAAGAUGGUGAAUCCUGAAGAUUUAGCUUCUCCAAGAAGUGGUGAUUCCAAGGCUUAUUCAAAUGACAAUAAUUCAGGGAAACAUGGCCACCAGAAAAGUUUGUGAGGAUUCAUCAUUUUAUAUGUUCGUUCCUUUUCGUUUUUGGGUUUCUUUUUCUAUUUCUCAAUUAUUGAUUGAAGAUAGGGUUUUUUUUUUUCCUUUGGUAAAUAUGUGUACGUUUUGUUGGUGACGUUCUUGAGACAGGUUAACAAUUCAGUCCUUCUCUUGUUGACGUUUUGCCAAUGUAAAUCGUGAUAGAGUUAGGGCUGAUAAUGUACAUGGAACUGUUAAUGGUUUUUGUAAAGUUCUUUAAAAUCAAGUGCGGUGACAAUCCAAUUCCAAUUGUAGUUCGUUUUGGAUGCAUGGUGGGCAAUUUGAUCCAAUAAAUUAGUUUUAAUUAA